UACAGAGACUUCUCAUUCAAUCAGCACCCUCUCUCUUACUCCAAGUAUUUAUUAUUAUCAUCCGAACUCAUCAACCUUCCUUGGAGAAAUAUGAUCGGUGUUGACCAGAGAACGACCGGUCUGACUCAAGCUCACGCAGCUGGUCUCCGCCGUCUCUCAGCCCGCGCCGCCGCUCCAUCUACUCCUACGGUCAGAAACAGCCUCCUACCAUUCUCCAGUUUACCCGAUGAAAUAAUCACACGUAUAAAGAACUCAGGCGUCAAAAUCCAACCGGGUCUCUCCGACUCCGAGUUCGCCCGAGUCGAAGCCGAGUUCGGUUUCGUCUUCCCACCGGACCUCCGUGUUAUCCUCUCCUCUGGCCUCUCCGCCGACGCAGGCUUCCCAGAUUGGCGCUCUCCCGGAGCUCGUCGCCACCUCCGUGCCAUGAUCGAUUUACCAAACGCGGCUGUGUCGCUCCAAGUCGCGAAGAACAGUCUCUGGUGCAAAUCUUGGGGCCUGAAACCACCCGACCCGGAAAAAGCAUUACGGGUCGCGAGAAACGCCUUGAAGAGAGCUCCUUUGUUGAUUCCCGUUUUCGAUCACUGUUACAUUCCUUGUAACCCAUCUUUAGCGUGUAACCCGGUCUUCUUCGUGGACGAAACUCGGAUAUUUUGCUGCGGGUCGGAUCUAUCCGAGUUUUUCCAGCGUGAGUCUGCUUUUGGCACCCCCGAAACUCUCACCAAGCAGACGUCUUCUGGAUCAUCCACGAACUUCUCUCGGAUGAGCUUUGAUUCGGGUCGGGUUAUCGGGUCGAGUACUUCGAGAUGGGUGGAGUUUUGGAGCGAGGCGGCGGUGGAGAACUGCCGGAGAAAUUCUGGCUCGACCUCAUCAUCAUGGUCAUCUUACUCUACAUCGCCUGACCUUCCAAGAAAGGAAACUCCGAAAUGGGUGAACCAGUACGUAAACCGGAUCGGUUCGGUUUUGAGAGGAGGCGGGUGGGAGGAAUCCGAUAUCGACGAUAUGAUCCACGUGUCAGCAUCUGGUUUCUUCGAGAGUGAAGUGGUAAUUCUGGACAAUCAAACGGUUCUUGAUGUGCUCCUAUUGAAUGUGGGUCGGUUAUCUGAGUCGCUCCGUAAAACUGGGUGGAGCUCCGAAGAAGUAUCGGAUGCUCUUGGUUUCGAAUUUCGACGGGAGAAAGAAAGAAAACCGGCGAAUAUAUUAUCGCCGGAGCUUAUCGAAAGAGUCCAAAAACUUGGUGAAUGGGUUUCCCGGCUGUGAAACUUGUUCAUGCGUGUGUUUCUAAUAAACAAAAACUAAACUUG